AUCUGACGCAGUGUAUCCCGACGCUCAGCAUCCUUCAGCGCGCGCAGCAUCCGACAACGGCCUGGAUCGGGCCAGACACGAGGACACCGCGUACCGUAGAGAUGUAGCCAUGAAUCAUCUACAUUAUAUCAACUAAACGAAGGACCGUCGACAUUUAUUGUUUAUUCAACGGCUGUUAUUGCGCCCAACCCUAAAAAUGACUGAGAUCACUGAAAUACGCGCGACGUACGAUAUGUCUCCAGUGCUGGCGGGGUUUAUCGGUGCUGGUGUGUUGGUCGUUGCAGUCAUUGCAGUAAUCUUUGUGUGGACUUGCUGUCAAAAACAUUACAACAGGACGAACUACAAGCUUCAUGGAAUCCAAUCGGAACAAAGUGAUCCUCUCACAGACCCUCCAUACAGGUUUAUUCACAUGCUGAAAGGAAUGAGCAUCUACCCUGACACGCUUACCAGCAGCAAGAGGAUCAUACGAAUGGCACGCCAGGCCAGAUCCCAGACCACCGACGGGGCUCAAAGCAACAAGGGCCGCCCACUGGUGCUCGUAGAUAUGGACUCGGCAGCAGAAAGUGGCCUGCUGGGAGAGAAACAAAUGCAGAUGAGGCUCGGGGAAAGUGGCCAUGUGGUUCCCAAGCUGGAGAGGGAACUUCCUGUGUGUGCGGAUUACUGCUGUCUGGACAGCAGCUCUGCUAGCAGCAGUCAGACCUCCAGUACUACGGUUUCCAACACGGCUACACCCUUCACCCCCGCAGAUGAGCCCAGCCGAGGAGAUCUCAGCAUUGCAAUCAACUAUAACUUCCCCAAGAAGGCAUUGGUGGUCACCAUCCUGGAGGCUCGGGGGUUACCGGCAGUGGAAGGCCAGGCGGGGAGUGCCGACCCCUAUGUGAAGAUGACCAUUCUCCCCGAGAAGAAACAUCGCGUUAAGACUCGGGUCCUGAGGAAGACUCUGGAACCUGCGUUUGAUGAGACCUUCACAUUUUAUGGCGUGCCAUACAGCUCCCUGUCGGAUCUCACUCUGCACUUCCUGGUGCUGAGCUUUGAUCGGUUCUCACGAGACGAUGUGAUCGGGGAGGCAAUGGUUCCGCUGGCAGGUGUGGACCCGAGUACAGGCCGGGUCCAUAUUACACAACAGAUCACAAAGAGAAGUAUGCAGUGCGUGAGCCGUGGAGAGCUGCUGGUCUCUCUGUCCUAUCAGCCUGUUUCUCACAGACUGAGUGUGGUGGUGUUAAAAGCGAAACACCUUCCAAAAUUGGACAUCACUGGCCUAUCUGGAAGUAAUUAUCCGUAUGUGAAGUUGAAUGUGUUCUAUGGCCACAAGCGCAUUGCCAAGAAGAAAACGCACGUGAAGAAAUUCACGCUCAAUCCAGUCUUUAAUGAAUCCUUCAUCUACGAUGUGCCAGCUGAGUUGCUGCCAGACAUCUCUAUCGAGUUCCUAGUCAUGGACUUUGACCGCACUACUAAAAACCAAGCCUUGGGACGCCUGGUGCUCGGCGCAAACAGCCCCUGCCCCUUGGGAGCCACUCACUGGCAGGAGGUCUGCCAAAAUCCACGACACCAAAUCUCAAAGUGGCACACGCUCAGCGAAUAUUAGAGCUUGACCAUGCUCUCUCUCCACACACACGCUCAAACACAGGCACACAGGAAACAUUUAAUGAUGAAAGAGAGAGUUUUGGGAAAAGAUGCCUUUGUUACCGUCACUACAUGGAAGGUAGCUGAUUAUCAGCAGGACUUGUAAAAAAAAAAAAAACAGAAUUGAGCCAACUUUUAUGUCGUUGCUAAUGCAAUGAUGGGCCUCGGAAAUGCAUCUUUU